AUGCAAUUCAAACUCAUCAUCGCAACCCUCUCCCUAGCCCUCCUCAGCGGCACAGUCACAGCCCAAAGCCAAUCCGCCAUGCACCUGCGGCCCACACAGUCCCCAGCUCCAUCAGCAAUUCCUUCCAUCCCUGCGAGGCGGCCUCUGUCUCGAUCUGCCCGGCCUACACUUUCUCCAACAGUUUCAUCGUUUACCGGCUCAUCUACUGCUGCCCCCUCGAUGCAUCGCGCUUCAACUCCAGCUUCGCCUUCAGGAUUUACUACCUCUGCCAUUCCGGCGGGUAGUGGAUCGGGGAGUGAGGAUAUUUUGGGAAGUUUGUUGGGUAUGGCUCGGAAGUAG